GAAGGGAUGGGCUGCGCCCCUAGCAUCCACGUCUCGCAUAGCGGUGUGAUUUACUGCCGGGACUCGGAGGAGUCCAACUCCCCCCACCAGACCACCACCAUCUCGCAGGGCACCGCCACCCUGCACGGCCUCUUCGUCAAGACAGACGCAGCCGACUCCAUUCCCUCCGUCCUCGCUUACCAGAGCCGGCAGCCGCCGCCCUCCGCCGCUCCCCGCCGCAAGGAGCGCAGGGAGUCCGGAGGCGCCUCCGCCCGGUCCAGGACGCCCCACUGCUGCAGCGUCGAGGCGGAGACCCAGACCAGCAGCUCCAGCGUCAAGCAGGCUUCAACUACAGAAAUACAAGUUGGGCCCAUGAGACUGACACAAUACCCAAUUCAGGUUUUGCUCAUCUUUGCAAAAGAAGACAACCAAAGCAAUGGUUUCUGGUGGGCUUGUGACAGAGCUGGAUACGGGUGCAAUAUUGCCUGGACUCCAGAGUCAGCACUUGAAUGUUUUCUUGAUAAGCACCAGGAAAUAAUUGUUAUAGAUCACAGGAACUCCAGAUAUUUUGAUGCAGAAGAUAUCUGCAGGUCUAUUCGUGCUGUAGAGCCAUCAGAGCAUACUGUAAUACUUGCUGUGGUUCCACGCAUAUCUGCUGACCAAGAAGAGACUUCUGUUCUUCCCCUUCUUGAUGCAGGCUUUGAUAGGCAAUUCAUGGAGAACAGCAGCGUAACUGCUUGUUACAAUGAACUGGUUCAAAUAGAACAUGGGGAAGUGCGAUCUCAGUUCAAAUUACGAGCUUGUAAUGCAGUGUUCACAGCAUUAGACCAUUGUCAGGAAGCUGUAGAAAUAACCAGCGAAGAUCAUGUCAUUCAGUAUGUUAACCCAGCCUUUGAACAGAUGAUGGGAUACUGCAAGGGAGAGCUUAUUGGCAAGGAACUUACUGAACUGCCUAAAAGCGAUAAAAACUGCGCAGAUCUUUUAGACAACAUAAACACAUUCAUUAAAAAAGGAAAGGAAUGGCAAGGAGUUUACUACGCAAGAAGAAAAUCAGGAGACAGUAUCCAGCAGCAUGUGAAGAUAACACCUGUGAUAGGUCAAGGAGGGAAAAUAAGACACUUUGUGUCCCUCAAAAGGCUGCAUUGUACCAACGAAAACAACAAACAGGUCCACAAGAGUCACCAUGAAGAGAAGUACACAGCAGACAAUUCUCAAUCAGAAUCCAAUUCCUACAAAUGCAAGAACAGAAGGAAAGACUCAGUUGAUGUUAAGUCAAUAACAUCUCAAAGUAGUGAUGCAGCUCCAAGUUUACAGACCCGACGGUACUCUUCAAUGGCAAGGAUUCACUCAAUGACCAUAGAAGCUCCUAUCACAAAGGUUAUUAACAUAAUUAAUGCUGCCCAGGAAAACAGCCCCAUCACAGUAGCAGAGGCCUUGGACAGAGUUCUGGAAAUCCUGCGGACAACAGAGCUUUACUCCCCUCAGCUAGGUACCAAAGAUGAAGACCCUCACACAAGUGAUCUUGUUGGAGGUCUGAUGACUGAUGGCUUAAGAAGACUGUCAGGAAAUGAGUAUGUGUUUUCUAAGAAUGUGAACCUGAGCCACAGUCACCUUCCCGUGCCAAACACCAUCAAUGAUGUUCCACCCUGUAUUGCACAGCUCCUAGAUAAUGAGGAAACCUGGGACUUCAAUAUUUUUGAGUUGGAGGCUGUUACAAAUAAAAGGCCAUUAGUGUAUUUGGGCUUAAAAGUUUUUGCCCGGUUUGGGGUCUCUGAGUUUUUAAACUGCUCAGAAGUAACGCUGCGGGCAUGGCUGCAGGUCAUUGAAGCCAACUACCAUUCUUCCAACUCCUACCACAACUCCACACACGCAGCAGAUGUCCUGCAUGCUACCGCCUUCUUCCUUGGCAAGGAGAGAGUUAAGGGAAGUCUGGACCAUUUAGAUGAGGUAGCUGCAUUAAUAGCUGCCACCAUUCAUGAUGUAGACCACCCUGGACGGACCAACUCUUUCCUGUGCAAUGCAGGCAGUGAAUUAGCUGUCCUUUACAAUGAUACAGCUGUAUUAGAGAGUCAUCACACAGCACUGGCGUUUCAGCUUACAACUAAAGACGGCAAAUGCAACAUUUUCAAGAAUAUUGAUAGAAAUCGCUAUCGGACAUUGCGCCAGGCCAUUAUCGAUAUGGUUUUGGCAACAGAGAUGACGAAGCACUUUGAGCAUGUGAACAAAUUUGUGAACAGUAUCAACAAGCCUAUGGCACCUGAGGAGACCAGCCCACACAGUGAAGGCAGCGACACUGAAUGUACAGCCAAUAUAAAGAAUUUUCCAGACAACCAGACACUGAUCAAGCGCAUGAUGAUUAAAUGUGCAGAUGUAGCAAAUCCAUGUCGCCCUCUAGAGCUGUGUAUUGAAUGGGCAGGGAGGAUUUCAGAGGAGUAUUUCGCACAGACUGAUGAAGAGAAGAGACAGGGUCUGCCUGUUGUAAUGCCAGUAUUUGACAGAAACACCUGCAGCAUCCCCAAGUCUCAGAUUUCCUUCAUUGAUUAUUUUAUAACAGAUAUGUUUGAUGCGUGGGAUGCAUUUGCACAUCUGCCUGUUUUGAUGCAACACUUGGCUAAUAACUAUAAACACUGGAAAACACUGGAUGAUUUAAAGUGCAAGAGUCUGAGGCUUCCAUCAGAAAACAACAACUGACACAAAAUCAAAAAAAAGACCUCUUGCUCUACCAGUUUCACUGUGAAUCACUUACGGACUCUUGGCUACAAAGGGGAUGAUAUUACCUUUCCAGUGAAUUAAGACUACAUAACAAGAAGGAAAUAUUUCACACGUAAUUUUUAAGCUUCUCUGAACUCUACAGAAAAAUGUUUUUCAAUGAGGCUAUAUAAUCCACAGAUGACUAAGUGCUCUUUGGAAAUAAUAUUUUGUGGCAGCAUAUGUACUUCUGAAACUAAUUUCUAAUACUGAAUAUGCACUUGUUGAAUCUUGUAGUUGAUACAACUGUAUUCACUAACACUUCA